AAAGUGACUAAAAUGUCAUCUAGCGAUGACUUUUCGACUCCUGUUAAACGAUCUGUUAAAAAGAAAAUGAAGAAAACCGUGUGGGUUUUGCCUGGCCUUACAAUGCUGGAUGACAAAGAGGAGCAAUUGCAGAAUAGAGGGAGCAGGGGCCCUCCACAAGUUGAGCCAACUUCUGAAAACCGGAGCAGCAAAGCUGAAAAAAGACGCAGGACCCAUCAAAGAGAAGUCAGGAAGAGAGAGUCUGAACAACAGCAUGUUGGCGAGUCCUCUAUCGCUUCCGCGCCAUCGAGCAGCAAAGCUGAAGAAAGACGCAUGCGCCGUCAAAAUAAACAACAGAGGAAGGAGACUCAACCCCAGCAAGUUGGCGAGUCCUCUGUCUCUUCCGCGCCAUCGAGCAGCAAAGCUGAAGAAAGACGCAUGCGCCGUCAAAAUAAACAAGAGAGGAAGGAGACUCAACCUCAGCAAGUUGGCGAGUCCUCUGUCACUUCCGCGCAAGCCCAUGGAGAAGUCGAUGGUAAGGUCGUAACACCAGACCGAGUUGCGCCCCUCGAGCUCGAUCCAACUGACCCGCCCAGGGCUGAAUUGGACAACGACAUAUCUGAGGCACGAGAUCUUGGACAAGAACCAGAAUCUUCAUUGAACGAAGAACUGAGGGGCCUGGCUCUGCAGGCCAAAGACAAUCUCGAGUAUUCGAGAUCUACUGACGCAAACUCAACAGGGGGGAGGAGCCGACCCUAUCGCGCAGCCGCACUCAAACCAUCAGUGGUCUUGAGUCGUGUUGACGCCGAGCUGUCGACCGAUGAGUCAGACGGUGGCAAUCAAGCCUACGUUCCCCAGCAAGAAUCUCAAGAUUCCUCGGACGGGCGCAGUGCUACCGACGGUGAGAAGGCUGGCGAAGACGCCUAUCAGCGCAAGCUCCGGCUUCGGCGCGAGGCAAGACGCGCACAGUCACAGCGAGAAGGCAGGCGCUUUAAGCGCCCAUCUGGUUCUCUAAAAAAUGUCCAUUUGCCAAAUUUUGAUAGUUACGGAAGGCCUUAUAGCCAAGCUCCUAUGGCUUUGGCGAGCAGAAGGCGUCGGCUGGCGUUGAGUGCCCUUGGGGAGCCCAGAUCCGCCCCGUCUCGGAAAAGGGCGCUCACUCCAAGCCAGUUGCUUGAUCCCCAAAAGUUGACAACCACGCGUGACGGCGUGAACAUAUUCUUGAAUGUUGCCGCCCGCUCGCAGCGAAGCGGCAAUUUGGAUGUGCCCCCUUGCCACGAGGAGCCCAUUCUUGGCAGGACAUCACAGGAUGACCUUAGGAGCUUAUUGCCUGAUACGUCCUCGAUGCUUUACGACAUCGAGAGGUACAUAAUCAAAGUCGUCGCCAGGAGGACUAUUAUGGCUGCCUUCGGCUUCGAUAGCGAGCAGAAGAAGAACAAGAAGGCGAGGCAAGACAAGGCUAUUGAUGACGAAGGAGAAGCAUCCAUGCCUGGAGGUGGCGAUGAGCACGACGGCAACUCUCAGAAGUCAGGGAAGGCCGCUGGUGAGACGCGCGCUGCAGCUCCUGGUCAUGACCACGACGAAACAUCUUCGUCUACAAGCGAAGCAGACGACGUUGCUAGCUCUUCUAACAAGACGGCCCCCCUAGGAGCGGGUUCACGAAACCGGCCUCAGACUCCCGACCGAUUACAAUACGAGUGUCUCAUUCCUUCAUGCAAUGGGCUGACCAAGCCGCGUCACAUGCGAAGACAUUAUGAGUCAAUUCAUGGCUUCUCGGAAGAGAAUGCCAAACUGCUUCAUAACUGCCAUCGGCGCUUACAUGAUAUUGACACUAGACAGACAUCUAAACCGAGAAUGUCUGCACGAGAACUUGGCGACAGAGAAAAUCUCGUAUUAGCUCUAAUUCGAAACUUGCAAACUCCCUUGCCCUGUGCAAAUGAAGAUAUGUCCGUUGCAUUGUUGCCUCUGGCACUGCUAAGUAUCUUGGUUGAUGGACGAGGGAGUGGCCACAUCUAUGAGGCACAAGUGGCUACCCUCAAACAGAGAAUUGAAACUGGAAAAACUGACGCCGAAGUACUGGCCAGUGCGGCAGCUCUAAACAGCGAAGACUCGGACAUGGAAUGCAGUGGAAUGUUUCAAUCUGGGUCUGGAGGAGCCGAAACGAAGACCGUGGUGGCGCAGUCAAAGAGUUUUCCUGCUGCAGAGGACAAAGAUGAUGAAAGGGAUGACGAUCCCGUAGAUUGCCAAGGACGGGCCUUCUGUUAUCUUGGCCAAGACGAAACCCCAAUAAAACGCUGGGUCUCUUUGUGUCCUCAGUGCUUCAGUCCAUUCGCCAUUCUGAAGCUAAGAGACCACCUGAAAGCUACACAUAAGAAGAAUGCUGCAGCAGCCACUGCCGCAUUUGAAAUGGCUUCUCUCCAUAAACGUCUUGUGCGCUUAUCUGCCAUACCCUUGAAUGGACAACCGCUAGCCAAAUAUGUACCUCCAACGGCCGUAGAGGAACUCAGGGAGGCAUUUGGGAGGGCCCAGGGAGCUCGUACUCUAUUGGCCAUGGAACCGAGGCCGGUUCAAAUUGUGGAAGUUGGAGAUGGUCUCAACAGCCUGAAACGAGGGCCAGGUACGUCUCUAGUGACUCAAGCCUUCAUUCAUUACAAGUCACCAGAGUUCAAAGAAUCGUUCCCAAAGUUGUCGCGUGUUCUGAAUGACUUCCACCUCAGCCUCAUUGCUUUGGAAAAACCCGAAAAAGGCCAUGCUGCAGCUACUAAGACGUUCAAGGAAUUUCUCAGUAUAUUCUUGACUCAUUUAUUCAAUAUUCCUGCGGAGAAGCGAACCGAUAUGGAAAUUAAAGAAGUUUUGAUGCAGCUCAACACGGCUAUGACGGUGUACAGGCAGAAGGUGGGUGGCAACAUGAUGCCAGAUUCCAUCAAACGCUACAUGUGCUCCGUGGUCCGCUUUGCUUCAUAUGUCAACUCCCUCAAUCUCCCGGCAAAAGUCAUUGGCAAUUACUCAUUGUCCAAUAUCGAGAACCUCGUCAAAAGCCAAAAGCGAAUCAUUAGCGAUGAUGUCGAAACUUACGCUCAUUUUAAGACUAUUGGACGGAAUGUGCGCAGGCAUACGCCUACUAGAGAAAGCUUCCGAUUUGGAAGCCCUGUCAUUGCUGCAUGGCUGGAAAAAGGGCCCAGGAGGAGGAAGCAGCCCUUGGCACCACAGCACAGCGAAGAGGAGCAAACAGCAGCGAACGCACAUGCCAUGGAAGACGCUCCUAAUGAGAAUGAUCCUAGCCUAGCUACUGAUGCUCACUUGGAUCUGGAAGUAACCACUCAGGUAGACAGAGAUGAUGUGGAAAGAUAUGAUGCGCAAAAAUCUCCAAUCUUGCCACCAACACAGACAUCAAGCAGCACCAAAGAGGGCAAGACCGGUGGUCAGCACAAGCAGAAAAUGAAAUUUUAGGCCUAACUUACGAUUACAAAAAGUCGUCGAUAUCAGUGGAUGAGCCCAGUGCUCGGUCUUCAGCCGUGUUUGAAGUAUCGAGCGAGUCCGUGAUAUCUAUGGAUGAACCAAACAACGCCCGGGAUUAUUUAGGAUGAUUAAGUUUUGUGAAUGGAUGCUCCAAGUAAGUAAAACUGAAGACGCUAUGGUAUCGAUAGCUGAGCCAAGUAACACCCCCGGCAGAUCUUGAGAAGGAUGAGGAAAAGCCUCAACUGCUGACAGAGGCCGUGGGUGCUUGGGGAGGAGCGAUGAGUCGUCAGGGCACCCACGAGGAAGUUCUGAACUCCUACAAGAGGGCGGCAACUCUGUUGUUCUUGAGGCAUCUGAGGCCAUCUCGUCUGUUGGGCUCCACAGAACUACUCUUAAUUGUAACAACACUCGUAAGAGCUCACGCAAAAUAAGAGCGCACAACGUGUCUUGUGCUUGCCGAACUAGAGACAUUCUUCCGAGAAGAUGCCACAAAAAAUUGUAAUUUUUAAUAAUUACCCCAUUCUAAACGGCAAAAUGAGGCUCAAGCUCUGGAAAUAUUGUAUUUCAGUUUCUAGCAUGUGGUACAAUGUGUCUGUGCUAAUGUAUCAAAUAAAAUGGACUUUUCCUUUAAUGAUAUUCUAUAACAAGUUUACGUGAUCUUACCUUAUAAUGUGAACUAAUCUAAUGAACUUUAAUUUGUUGGCUAAUGCUAACGACGUUUUAUGAUAAUAUGUUUACUUGAACUUACCUUAUAAUGAGAAGCUUAUCUAACGGAAACUUUAAUUUGUUGGCUAAUGCUAACGACGUUUUAUGAUAAGAUGUUUACUUGAACUUAC